GGCAUUCAAACUUUCAGUAGCAGAACAACGAGAGGAGCAAUACAUAUCAGGAGCAUCAAGUGAAGAGUUUUUCUCAAACCUACACAGGGAUUUCCUCAACUCAAGUUCACAUUUGUUUGGAUCUUCCUACUUGUUUUUUUUGGGAAAGAUGAUGUUUACCACUUUCAACACGGAGUGCGAUUCCUCCUCCCGCUGCAGCACCGCUUCCCCAUCCGGGGACACCGUGGGAUAUUAUCCCUCCCCGGCAGGAUCUUACUCCAGCAUGGGAUCUCCCCAGUCUCAGGAUUUCACUGACUUGACAGCAUCAAGUGCCUCCUUCAUCCCCACCGUCACAGCUAUUUCGACAAGCCAGGAUCUGCAGUGGAUGGUCCAGCCUUUGAUCUCCUCAGUGGCCCCUUCUCACAGACCCCCCCUCUACAGCAGCAGACCCAGCCCUGCAUACACCAGACCAGGCAUGAGGUCUGCUUCCAGGACUCAUACCUCUAACAAGAGAAGAAUGGAACAGGUGAACCCUGAGGAGGAUGAGAAGAAGAGAGUUCGCAGAGAGAGAAAUAAGCAGGCAGCAGCUAAAUGCCGCAACAGGAGGAGAGAGCUUACAGACACACUGCAAACUGAAACUGAUGAGCUUGAGGAUGAGAAAUCCCUCCUGCAGAAUGAUAUUGCUAAUCUUAUGAAGGAGAAGGAAAGGCUUGAGUUCAUUCUGGCUGCCCAUCAACCCAUCUGCAAAAUCCCCUCAGACCUGGAGUCAGACUUCAACAUGGUCUCCAUUACUCCUGCUCAUCCCUUCCUGUCCACCACAGUGUCCUCCCAGCCAAUCACCAUCCCAAAAGCAAACACUAUCACUUCCAGCCAGCCCAACUUCACCUCCACCUCCACCUGUAACUCCAUCUUCUCCAGCAGCUCCAUCCUCUCCACUUCCACCAUCUCCAGCAGUGCGGUCAAGAUGACAGACCUGGACUCCUCAGUCCUGGAGGAGUCUCUGGAUCUGCUGGCGAAGACAGAGAUGGAGACGGCGCGGUCAGUGCCAGAGGUCGACCUGUCCAACUCCCUUUACACAACUCAGGACUGGGAGCCCCUUCACGCCUCAGCCAACAGCAGUGACUUUGAGUCUCUUUGCACGCCUGUGGUGACCUGCACUCCGGCCUGCACCACCUACACUUCUUCUUUUGUCUUCACUUUCCCAGAGGCGGAGACCUUCCCCACUUGUGGCGUUGCCCACAGGAGAGGAAGCAACAGCAACGACCAGUCCUCCGAUUCCCUCAGCUCCCCAACACUGCUGGCCCUUUAAAGACUCUUCCACUAAAGACAAUCGUACUUCCUAUCGAGCACAUCUUCUUGAAUUAUGAGAUGUACAGAUCCCAGGGCUAUGGAACAGACUUAACCAGGAAGCAAAUUAUUUAUGAAUUUAUUUGCCUUUAUCUAUACUUGCGUAUAACAACAAUGUAGCAAGUUAAAAAGCAUGUUUCAACUUAUAUCACCUAGUCGUUUUAUGAGUUCAUAUAUGAUUUUAUGGUGCUAUAGAUAACAAAACUUGUUGUAGUGUUGAUGUGUUUUCAGAGCAAUAGUUAUUAUUGAUCCAGUUUAUUUCUGGUUGAUGGAAUGUGAGAGUAAUGUGAACUGUCUGUGAAAAACUUAAAAACUGACGUGCUUGUUGUCCAUC